UUUGAAUUAGUUGUUAUGUGAUUUUUCACUUGUGAGUCGCGUUGUUUGUGUCUGAACGAUUUACGUAAACGAUCCUGAAAUAUAAAUAUUUUAUUUUUAUUGACUAUUUCGAAUGCUUCGCACUUCCGACACUACUGUUUAAAACUAUGGUUUUAAGGCAACAAUUUAGACACCUUCGUCUUAAACGUUGACCAUCGUUAUGAUUUACAGAAUCAAUACGUAACUCUUCCUUGUAGAAUUUAUGAAUAAGACUCGAUUGAUACAAAUAUAUAUGAUGACCUUGUGACCUCACAAAAUAAUUAAUCAUGCUUUUUACCCCUAUUUACAUUGCAAUGACAUUCAUCAAGACCUGGCGAAUUCGAUCUUUUAGAGCCCGUCUUUUGGAAUUCUUAAGUGGAAAUACCAGUGUCGCAUUUUGUAAAGUACCGGAAAAUGCUGCUGAAACACCUACAUUAAGCUCAAAAUUGUGUACUAAUCCUAAGAAUGCACAUCUAUGUGAUCUAUUAGAUUACACAAAUGCAUCUAGGAUAUGUAGUAUGAAACCUACUCAAUGUAUAGAUAUUGGAGAUUGGGUUACAUGUGCUGGUGGUUUGCCUUUGGGCACAUAUGAUUCAUCACCAGUCACAGAUGUUGAUAUUGAGGUGCUAUUUGAGUGUGAAAUGGAUCCACACGAAGAGAGUUCAUUUUAUGAUAUUAUGUCAUUGGAAUCAAUGGGCCAACCAAUUGCUUGGAAAGCUGGGUCUCAUUUAGCAAUUGUUUUAAAGACAAACAUGGAGCAUCUUAGUAUUAUUGGUUUUCAAUUUGUUGGUGGGGAAUUCAUUAUUGAUCAUAAGCUACCAGUUGUGAGAAUACAAACUGUACAACUUUCGGGUGAACCAAAUAAAGCAACUGAUUUAUCAAUGAGAGGGCUCCGUAGUGACAUUCAACAUGGCUUAAGAUUGGCCAAUGAGGAAUUUCAAUGGCCUAUCCAUGCAUCAUUGCUCAGGAAACUCUCAAAAGUGGUAGAUAUUAAAUCAGAUAGAAGUAUAACGGUAAUGAAUGGAGGUAGUGAUCAAGUUGAAACAUCUGUUGGUAGAAGAAAUGUUACAUUAACAGACGUAAGCACAAUAACAACAAAAUCUCUAUCAGCUGAUGAUGAUGACUCUCCUGAAAAAGUAGCAGACCAGAAAGUAGAAAAAUCACCAGAGAAAAUACCUGUUAAAACAGAUCUAAAUCAAUUAGAUGGUGGUUUAGUUGUUGAAAAUGUCACUGUGGAAAUACAACAUAAUAUAAUACCAAAUAAAGCAAGUUUAAAGCUUGAUUUACAAAAAGGAACUAGUCAAAUGUCAACCUCUCUACUGAAUAUAUCUAGUCAAAUUAAAUCAAUAACAACACAUAAGAGAAUUGUUAGUACAACAGGACCAAAGAAAGCUCCUCAAGGAGAAUCAUGCUCUCAACAAAAGGAAGAGAUUCCUAAGAGUCCUUGUAUGUCUACACCAAAAUCUGUAAAGAGUUCCCGUCCACUAGUGAAUACAAAGUCACCAAAUGUUUUAAUAUACUCUGACAGUGUUGUAGCUAGGGAUAAUUUGGAAGCCUCCUUGAAGAAAGUUCUUGAUUGUGAUAGGUAUACAGUGUAUAGCGUCUCCCGCGAAGCCUUAUGUGGUGGAGCUUGGCGUGGGCGGGCGGCGCUAGUCGCUGUUGCGGGUUGUGCUGGGCGGGCAGCACCAUUACUACUUGCUCAUUUGUUAGAUGGGGGAAAAUUGUUAGCUAUAUGCUCCGAUCUACUGCAUACGGUUUUGCCGCAUUAUAAGACUGCUGAGGUACGAGAAAAUGAAGUGGUACAAUUUUCGUAUGACAAGUGGAAAGCCGUGAAAAUGAAACAUCACAUUUUCUGCUAUCAAGCAUCGCCAGCAAAGAAACAAUUCUCUACUGAAAGCGAUAGACAAGCCAGUCAGGAUGCCAAUAUGUGUUGGCCGUCCAAAUACACCGGUCAUCCUGGUCAUGAGUUGGACAUAAAAGUGCUGGCUUCAGAGGAAACUUGGCGAACACCAUCCCUGUUGCAGGCCACAGAUCUUACUAAUCAUGGUGGCGCCAUUUUCUCGCAGAUUCACCUCGAGUCUGAUCCUACUGACUACCUCGGAGAGGAAGGUAUAAAAAGUAAUGAAGCCAGAUUGGAAAUCCUUCAUAAAAUUCUUGGUGAUAUACUGAGCCUCCACGUGAAAGACCCCAAGGAACUUGUCAAAAUUGAAUACACUAGAGGAUUCUUCCUUGGCGAUCAUGUGCACAAAAUGUCCCUAGUAGAAGGUUGGUGUCCAUUAAAGAACGGCAAACGGGUGCAGAGUAUCGGUAACCUAAGUGUGCAGUGGUGUAUGCGGGACGAGAACCCAAUGGACCAACCUUCGGAUAUUUUCCUACCUGUUUCUUUAUAUGAAUGCCCUGAAAAUUUCUCAACUGUUGAAUAUUUUGAUAACCUAACAUCUAAUAAUAUAGGACGCGUGUUAAUAUACGCGGAUGUGUUAACGUCCACUCAACAUAUCAUGGAAGGAUCGUUAGGCCACGGCGUGGGUGCAGUCGCGAGGAGUCAAAGUUCUGGCCGAGGCCGGGGGGAUAAUAAGUGGAUAUCACCUAAUGGGCAGGCUGUCAUGUCGCUACAGGUAUGGCAAAAAAUGAAUCCUACAAUUCCCUUAAUACAACACGCGACAGCACUCGCUCUAGUGCUAGCUAUACGCUCAGAUCCGCCCUACCAAAAGCUUGAUAUAAGAAUAAAAUGGCCGAAUGACAUUUACUAUGGACGAAACGUAAAGAUUGGCGGUGUUAUUACUACUGCGAAUUGUAUAGGGGAUGACGUCAUUAUUAAUAUAGGAAGUGGCGUUAACAUAUCAAACAGUGUACCAACGACAUGUGUAAACGAUAUCAUAAGCGAGUACAACACUAGAGAGGGCGCGUCACUACCGCCGAUAUCAAUAGAAAAAUUCCUGGCCCGCUAUUGUUCGCAACUAGAAAUAAUUAUCGAUAAUCUUAACUCGGAGAGAGGUGUUGAUAACUUUCUUGAAGAAUAUUACAAGUUUUGGCUUCAUGACGGCGAAGAAAUCCGUAUACAAUCUGGGGAAGGCAGCCCUGUACCGGGGACGAUAUCCGGUUUGGACGAGUUCGGUUGGCUGAUUGUACGUACAGUGGAAGGCGAUGUGAGAGUGCAACCAGACGGAAACACAUUCGAUAUCAUGAGCGGCCUUAUUGCUCCUAAACUUUAGUGGGGACAAGAUAAGGGUAAAAUCAGAGUCGAGACUUUAGUAUGUCAGAAAUGUGUUGGAGGGGAGUUAUCUAGCGGUAAGUCUCGACUCUAAAGCCGUAAGGGAUAAGUCAUGUAGAUUAAGAGAACUUCAAAAUACCGUAGACAUGAUCAAUUAAGAAAAUCCAGUGUGACUCCUAUCUCCUAAUUUAACAUUGAUAAUAUUGCAACAAUUUUAAAAAUAUGCUCAUCAAUCAAAAGAACUCUUGCAAGUUGUACCAUUGCUAGAAUAGGAGAACUGAUAAAGAAAUUGUACUCUAGUGGAAAUCAUAAGAUCUUAUUCGAGCCUCUACAUAGAAAGUGUGUUCAAUCAUUUAUUUAUUCAAACUUUAAACUUAUUAAAUUGGUCGAAUGACUAUCGAUCAAAUUUUACAUAGCAAAAAGUUAAAUUCGAAAUUUAAAAAACUUUAAAGCAUUUUUAGAAUUUCAAUUUUUAUUAGUAAAAGAAAAUUUAAAUAAUUGGUUUCACUAUAUUUAUUAAUCAUCUUCUUCAUUAUUGACGAGGUAAAUACGUUCGAAAUUUAAAAUAUUGAACGUAUGUCAUCUGUCAAAAGCAGAUUGAAUAUUUGACACCUGUGUUAUAUUCUAAAGUUGAAUUUCGAAGUGAUAACGAUAUACUCAUUUUGUAAUUUUAGAAUUUUUUUCUUUAAUAAGAAGGGUUAGGUUUGUGAUAUUAUUUGUAGAUUUCUUUAAGAACAUUUAUUUCUGUGGUGACAAUUUUUCAGGGUAUAUAUUUUAGGCAUUGGUUUAAAAAAUAUAAUAUAUUUGGUGACGAAUCUCAUUAGAGUAUUAAAAUUUUGAUUAUUUAUCAAAAUAGUAGUAUCCUAGUGACAUCUGGCGGAAAAAUUCGAUUGACUAGGGGCCGUUGAAGGUUACGUAAGCAGGUUUACUGUAAUGUAUUCCCCCUUCCUCUUGUAAGCAAAAGUAAGCAAAGCUCUCUAAAUUAAUAGAACAUAAACGUAUUCACUUUUGUAGAAAUCCUCAAAAAUACAGUUCGUUCUAAGCAUAGACAAUGGGUUUAAAAAAGUAAAUAAUUUAUAAUUUUUAUAAGUUGACAUAAUCACCAUAUAAGAAACUCCAAGGCCAUCCCUCCCCCCUAUUUUGCUUACGUAAUACCGGCCCUAGCUAAAAUAUUGUGUAGGUAGUUAAAAUAUUCCAAAGAUAGGUGUUGAAACUAGGUUGUAUUUUAAAGAAAUUAAUACUAUUGGUGAUUGUUAAACGAUCUUAAUAAAUUUUGUAGUAAUUAGGAGUCUGACUGUAUAAAUAAUGUGCAACAAAAACUUAUGAACGGUCUUUGGUCUGAUACAAGUACUUACCAAAUUCUAAUCACCAUGCCAUCUGCAUGAGCGCUCAUGACCCAUGACACCGAAACCCAUAAAUUCCGUUUAAAUAUCGUAUCACAGAGUAACAAAGUCACUUUAUAUCGCUAUCUCUAGCUAUACAAUUUAUAUCGAUAUAAUCAGUUCAAAUGAUUUUGUUACACAUUGAAUAUAAAAGGCUCAGACUCAAGUAUUCGAUUUCUCAAAGAUUAUGGUUUUAAAAAUUUAGGAACUUUCAUAUCACUUAGUCGGCCACACCACUGCCAGUGAUAAUGUUUGAAUUAGAUUUAUAAAAUAUAAAUUCUCUAGAUGCUUGCUUAAUUGCUUAGUGAUUUUUAUUCGUCUAAAUUUGUUAAGAUUUUUCUAUUUUAAAAGGUUAGAACCAAAACUAUUCUAGAAUAUUGUCUAGACAAAUACUGAGUUUCGCAAACAUUACGAAGUAGUUCUGUUAACAAAAUCUAAGAGCAUUUGACAGGCGCUUCGUAUUAAACCUUUUAAUCUUAAACAUAUAUAUAUAUAUAUAGUUUUAUAUACAUGUGUAUAAUGUUUCUCUAUAUGUAUGAUACGAUUCAGCAUGCAUUUUCAUAUUUCGUAAGUAAAAUUUAUUAAUCGGUUGAACAGUAUCAACGUUUCGCAUUUUAGUGACGAAAGUUACAUCGCGCUUUUACUUUAGUUUUUUUGUAUGGCUAUAUUAUCUUUCAGUUUAUUUAUAGUACGUUUGAUAUAUAGAAAAUAAAUUCAGACUGAUUUUAUCAAAAACAUUCCAAAAUUUUAAAAAGCUAUAGAUACUAUAGAUAAUGCUCUGGUUUCUUAAAACAUAAUCUGUGAUCAUCACUCAUAUACGAAAGAGAAAGCCAUGAAGGCUAGAUGAUUGCAUGUCAGACGGGUCUCUUUCUAUCGUAUCUAACAAUUCAUAGUCUGUCAACAAUAUCCAACAACUGUGGUUGAUUUAUUUGACAGCAGCCGUUGACAAAUACGUUUAAGAAAACAGAGUGAUUGCAUUGUUGUUCCCAUUAGAAUAGUUCUAAGUCUUAAUAUUGUUAAUAAGUACAUUUAAUAUUCUAAAUAACCUUGUUAUCAUAUAUGUGUGUAAUGUGUGCAUGUGUGUAUUCGUCCAUUUUAUGUAGCGUUGUCUGAUGUUGAAUAAAAAUGCAUUCGUGUUAGUGAGUUACAUAUUGAUAAUAGACGAAGUGACAUUUGGAAGUAAAAUUCACAUUUCAAACUGCGCUUAGUAUGUCCCCCAUAUGUCAGAACAUUGGAUUUGACAAACGUUAAUUACGGGUACGAUUUCUUCAUGGAAUUAUUUUUUAUUUUAUUGGAGGUGCGUAUUUGACGUUAUUGGGGUCUGGUGAUAAAAAGCAAUUACAUAGCACCUAGGUUAAGUGAAAAGUAGCAAGAGAAACAGUUAUUUUCGUCUUUUUAUUUAUCACAUUUUCACAAAGGAAUUAAUAGAUUUAAAACAACCUUUUUUUAACAAAGAAAAUCAAAUGUAAAAACGUUUUCUUACCUUACUUUUUGACACUGCUCAAUGCAGACACUAAAGAAUUCAGGCCCUUAAUGUUUAGAUGGAAUGCCCGCUUGGUGAAAUAGAUGGUUCCUAGGUUUAGAUUGAAAUGUGCCUAAUAUGUUCAAUUUAUAUAGGUGGUAGAUUUUUUUUUUAUAUUUGAGAAUUUUUGAAUAUAUUUCUAGAUGAUAUUUUUAUGUGAUUUUAAAUGUUUAUGAAUAAAUGCAUCGCUUAGUAAAUCUUAAGUCAAUGUUUUGAUUUGUAUUCAAUUUAAAGAAAUUAUUGUAGCCAGCCUUUCACUCAAGUUUGAAACUAGGAAAAAUAACUCAUUUUACCAGAAUAUGUAAAAAACCUCCAAUCAGGCUGUUAAUAUAAUUGCAACGUUGCGAUAUUUCCGACUACCCUACAAAAAUUACUACAGCGAGUUUAUUUUGAUACGUAACUGCGAAACAAACGAUUAUAAAUACAUGCAAUAUUGGUACCUAUAUUAAUAUAAAUCAAGGCAAGGACUUAUGCAAUACCAAAUAAUUACAGUUAAAUAACUUAUGUAUAAUGGCGGUAGUCGCUAUGAAUGUUACUGCAAUAUUAAAGGUUUUUUAUCAGCAGUGCUAGUUUGUAAAACAUUUUUUGAUUUCAAUAAUUGUCUAGAAUUAGCACUAACAACCGAAUUAAUUAGUUUGAAAAAUUUAAUGAAGUUAUAUGAUCUUUAGCGCUAAUACUAUUAAUAUUAAAAUCGGAUUUGCUGUUGAAGUUGCUAAUAAUUUAAUUAAAGAAAUACAAAUGUAACGUUUUUAGAGUUGAGGUUUAUAAGUAUGUUUUCACGUUAUUUCACAUUUCAUAAUUAUAUUUCGCUGUUGUGUAUUCUGUUGUCUAUUGAUGAAGUCUACCGUUAUGAAAGUAUCCUGUUAUUAAUCUUGUUGUAAAUGCAAAUCAAUAAAAUAUUUGUCAUC